GUUUGUGUUGAGCCGGGAUAUGUUCGAGGAUUUGUUAAUUUGGAGCCGGGUGGAUCGUGGACUGGCGGGCAAACACUGAGUGUCAUACACGAAGAGCGGCGUUUGACAAAUUUGUGAAUUUGAAAUCUGUAUAAUAAUACUAGCGAUGACGUCAUCUAAACUUGCUUUCCUUGUUACUACCAUGUUCUCUCGUCUGGCGUCUAGCUUCACUCUUCGGCAAGCAUCGUACAAUGCAGCACAUCACUUGAAGCGCCCACUUCAUAAUACACGACCGGUGCUGUCGCCAUCGACCGUCAGCACCCUGCCUAGCUCGUGCCCUGCGUGCCAUCAGCCUCUUCCUUCGUCUCUGCCCGCCUGCUCUAGCUGCGGUUCAAUAACAAAUAUACCCUCUGACAUCAAUUACUAUCAUCUCCUUGGUUUUGACUAUGUCCCAUCACAGUUUCACGUGGACCAAGGGUUACUACGAAACCAAUUCCGACGCGCACAGAUUGCAUGCCAUCCAGAUGCAUGGACGUCCAAAGGCCAAGUGCGGUUUGUACAUUUUUUAUUAUUCAUAUCUCACACUCUGCAGGGAAAGACAGAUGUUGCGCAGCUUCUCUCUUCGCAAAUAAAUGAAGCCUAUCAGACAUUGCGAGAUCCGUUGUCGCGACUCACCUAUCUGCUAACCCUCAAUGGCGUACCAAUGGAAGAGACGGACAAGUUGGACGAUAUGGAAUUUCUAUCAGAAAUAAUGUUAGCCCGUAACACUAUUGACGAUGCUGAAGAUGAAGCGGAAGUACUGCAGGUCGCCGACGAGUGCCGAGAAAAAUUGAAAGACGCGUUCAAAGAGAUUUCCAUACUUGUCGAACGGGGAGAUUGGUCUGCUGCGAAACAGGCAGGAAUCCGGCUCAAAUAUAUACGAGGGGUAGAAAAAGCGGCAGAGGAAUGGUUGCGAGAUAGAUAAGAUGAGAUUUUUAAAGAGAUAAGAUUAGAUCUAAAGUACGAUUGAGAUUCUCGGCAGAUCCCGGGAAUUUUUGUGUGCAUUUGCAUCCUACCUCGACGCCCCAU